AUGUCUGGGACCGGGCAGAAGCCCAAAAGUCAGGCGGCUCCGCCACAAAAAGGUAAAGUGACGACCACUCGACAAACUCGACCAAUCGACACAGAAGUACAGGAACGAGGAAAGACGAGAGCCACCGGGGCGGUGGAGACAGAUGAAGACGAACACGAAAUCGGUGACUCAGAGAAAGGGAGAUCUUUCCUCGAGGGAAGGCUGCUCAUGGUUCCGGCGGGGGCACUGCUCACUUUGGGUGCACUCGCCACGACGCUCUUCCAGAUCGCGGCCAUGCCGGGCGUUGCCCUCCCUGCGGUUAACGCAGUACGCGCGGUCGCUUUUCUGUUGAGAGACGUCGAACUGGAGGUAGUGGCGGAAGACAUUAGGGAUAUCGCCAAUGCUCAGCUCAACGAGUUGACCAACGACUUGAAGACGUUCACGGAGGUGCUCACAGAGAAGGUUAUGGAGGAGCUGGAGAAGAAGACGGAGGGAUCAAGCCUCAGCAACUGCGCCAAUCUGGCUCUGGUGGGCAAGUUCGCAGAGGCAAUGGGAAGGGCGACAGGACAACAGCACAAAAUUAGGUCGGCUUUGAAGCUACAAAACGGCGGCAUAUUGGUAGAAAUGGUCACAGACGACGGCGUGGCCUGGCUGGCCUCCAAGGCCAACGCAGAGGCCUUCCUGCAGGAGCUAGGGGAGACAGAAGCCUCUUUCAAGACGAGGUCGUUCAAUGUCGUCGCCUACUACGUGCCGCUGAACCUGGAUGCUAACAGUGAAAAGGACAGGGGGGAGAUUGAAGAAAUGAACAACAUACCGAAGGGUGCGCUGACAAAACUGAGGUGGAUCAAGCCCCCAGCACGAAGACGACCAGACCAACGUUUCGCCCACGUAAUUGCCACAUUCUCGGACGCGGAAUCGGCCAAUCGGGCGAUAGUCAACGGUCUGUCAAUAUGUCACAAGAGGGUCUCAGUAGCGAAGUGCAAGAAGGAGCCCAUAAGGUGCCUCAAGUGUCAAGGUUGGGACCAUAUCGCUCUGGAAUGCAUCAUCGCAAAGGAGGUGAAUGUAUGCGGUACAUGUGGGGGGGAUCAUUGGACGAAUGAACUCAACGCCAGGGAUCCGGCCAACGAUCUACCCUUUUUCCCAGCAAAGGAAUCGUGGACAUGGGCUCCAUCCUACCCAUCCUAUGGCCGCCGAGUACCACAGGCUGAGAUUCAUGUUAAUACGGUACAACCAGGCUCACAGAAAGACAGGUACAGGCAAACUCAACUGGGUUUCGAGCCCGCGGCCCCAAGUGGAAGACCGUACACCAGGGAUUCACGGGCACGUCAGCAAUCGAAGACCCCAGCGGAUAAGUCUCCCCCUCCUGUUUUUCCUAACCCAGAAUCCCCUAUAGCUCCCCCGGCCUCAAGCAACGGCUCGCCGCCCCCUGACAGUUCCACCACCCAAGUCAUUGCCCAUGUCUGA